UUCCACUUGAGCUAUUACUGCUGGUAUCGUCUCUACUCUAAACAGUCCAGUCUAUCUGCUAGUAUUGUAGUAAAGUGUCGUGGAUGUUCUCCAGUUUGUAGUGACUGUAGGCCUGCCAACCUUUGCCACACUCCUUCGCCGCAAAGCCACACAACCCUCCACCACGUGGACUAUGCCUGUUAUGGCGGGGAGGCGCAGGUGGCGACUGGCGAUAGCUGACACUAUAUUCGGUGCGUGUAUGGUAUUGCAACUGCUGCUGGCAUGUUCAAGUCAAGCUCAAGGCCAGACAAGUUCAUUAUGUAACUCGGAAUGUCCACCGCUCAGGGUGCCUGUUAAUGCUGUUUUGCAUCAAAGCGGCACCAAUGUUGGCAAUACCACCGUCAUCAAGUGCGCGGCCAGUUGUCGUCAAGUCGGUGGUGACACUUCACGUACAUGCCUACCCAACGGUCGCUGGACAGGCUAUGACAUCACUUGCUACGAUUAUGCCUCUCUAAUGAGUUGUUCAUUCGAGCGCAGCAUUUCGUAUUGUGGAAUGAGAUUGCCACCCAAUGCGUCGAGAACUGAAGUAGAUGGCUAUCGUGCUCUCAAGGUGGAUCUAGCCAGUAAAACAAAUCAUAUUAUCAGCACCUUCUAUUCACUGCUGGCGAAAAACAAAUGCCUAGUCCAAAUCAGGCUCAUAGGAAGUGACUCGAUCAUCCCAUUGCUGGUGUCUCGAGAUGCCGACAACAGCCCCCACGCACUGAUGGUGGAAUGUGUUAAGACGGCGCAGAUCAGCAGCCUUGGUCGUCCAGGUCUCAGCUCCAUACAACAGGGUCGUAAGAACAAGAGCCAUGUAGACACGACGUAG